AUGACAUCGAAAAUACAAAUAUACAAUGAAUUGAGUCAACCCACUUUAGGAAUUGAACAAUUAAAAGAAUUUUUCGAUUGGAUGGAUAUGGAAUGGAGUGAACUACUACGUCACGCCGUUAACAGGAGGCUAUCUCUGCUGCCUGCCGUUGACCAGCUUCUUCGAAAUUUUACUGCAAUAAAAUCCUACUUUCUUAGCAAAAAUCACGUUGCACUACACCUUCGCAUGUUUUUUGAAGACGAUUUAAGUGAAGCCUAUCUUGGUUUUAUUCAGAACAUAUUUCAAGUGUUUCAACCUGCAUUAAAAAAAUUACAAGGUGACGAGCCUAUUAUUUUAGAACUGUAUAAAAUAAUGAACAAUAUAAAAAUUUCUCUAACCGAACGCAGAAAUGAAAAAUUUUAUGGUUCAAUUGCGAGGUCGAUAAUGAAAAAUUGCGAUCGUGUUAAUGAUGUUAAACGAUUUAAUAGGGAAGCAGAUAAUUUCUGGAAAACAGCAAUUGAAUAA